AUGGAUUCCUGUUGCUCCGCCACGCAUCAUAAUGGCCCCAUUGAGCUCUUGCCAGUGGAGACCGCCUUGCCACCAGAGCAUGACCAGGCGCCGGUCUGGGUCCGGCGCGAGGAGUUUGACUCAGUGCUGGAGGCCAUUGAGAAGCUCCAGGAACGUUUGAAUCUCCUGGAUGCCCAGCUGGGACUCAAGGUCAAGGAGGAGCAUCUUGACAAAGGCCGCGCCUCAAGGCCCUCGAAGGAGAGCAAUUCGGUCACCCAGCAGGUCAGCAGUCAGAUGACCAAUCAGCUCAGCUCAGAGAUGAGUUUAAGGAUUGAUGCGCCCACUGAGCAUCCGGCCCGAGAAGCCGAUUCUCCUUACAAGGUGGACUUCGGUGGAAGCGUUUGGAAUCUCCCGUUGAUCCUGGAUUUCCGGAGCGGCUUGUGGGACGUCCUGUUCUCGUCCAUUUUGCUGAUCGUCAACAUCGGCAUGCAGGCCAUGUUCUCCACGAUCUUGUUCUCAGAGCACUUUGCUGGCGCUGGUGUGGAUGUCGAGGAAGAGCUGGAGCAUGCACGGCUUUGGCGCACGAGCAUCGCCCAUGAUUGGAGGUACAUGGACCUGUCCGAGACCAGCUUAGCCAGCCGCGUGUGCAAGAGUGACGCCGCGCUGAUCCUGUCGACGCCCCAGGCGGAGCUCGUGGACCACAUCAACAGCUUUCUAGGACUCCAGACCGGGGAGUUCAAGCCGGGCUUCCUUCAACCUGGCAUCCUCCUGUGUAUGCUUUGCAUCCUCCACUGGGGCCUUUGUGUGUACAAGGAGUUCCGCAGCAUUUGGUCUACAUUGGAAGCAGUGGCCACCAUCCCCCGGUCCUCACGAACCACAAAAAGCGAGCACUACAUCCAUUCAUUGUCCCUCGCUCGUUUUAUCGUUUUUUUCCUCACCUGCGUGGUGCGCGCGGCCAUCGCAAGCAUCUUGCUGAUGGCCGGAAUCAACUGGCUUGCUCGAACCUCAUCCAUUGAGGAGCUCAUGCUGAACGCUGUAGCCCUCAACGGGAUCAUGGACGUAGAUGAGCUGCUCUUUGCGGCUUUUACACCACUGUCCAUCCAGCACCAACUACAACGCCUGCGGCCCGUGAAGAUGAAGUACACCAGUGGACGCAGUCAGAGAGAAUCGGUGGUUUUAUUCUUCCUGUUACUGGCCACCGUGCUGAUUCCCUAUUUCGUACUCUUGCAGCCCUUGGGCGAUGGGAUGCUCGAGAUCAAGAAGGAGAUGUGUGGUGGGAACUUGACCUUCGUGGUGGGCUACAACCCCGACGUCCAGGAGGUGGUGGGCUAUGUGACCCAAGCGGCACGCAGUACCGAGGAGCAGUCCUUGAGUGAACUUGCGGUGAAUCAGCACAAGUUCCUGAAUCAGCAGGACAUGAGCUCCACGAGCUACAUCUACUUCACUCCCAACCGGGCCCUCUUCGAAGAGCACCGCCUGCAAAGCAUCGCGGAGCUCACGGAGAAGAUCCCCUUUUGCAUCGAGAGAGACAUUUUGUCGCCGAAUGGCACCUUCUAUGGAGACCCGUUGGUCUUGCCGCUGGUGAAUAGUCGGUUGAAGUCGGCGGCCAUUGAGCUGGACGUGUACUCGUCCAACGUCCAGUGCCAGGACAUGCGCGAGCAGUGCAAGAGGCCCGAUGCGCGGCUCUUGCGGAUGGUCUGUGGCGUGACCUGCGGUUGUACGGACCCCUUGGCCUCGCCGUGGCACAAGGUGAAGGCGCAAGGCUGCUCGGACGUCUGCACUAGCAUGGCCGUCAUGCGGAUGGAAGGAGCUUGCGACGACCGGUCCGACAGUCUGGUGUGGACCGAGUUCUGGGACGGCUAUGGGACCGCAGUUUCGACCUACUAUGGGCAGGAUAUCAGCAAGACGGCUGUUUGGCCCUUCGCUUCCAACGUCUCGGAGCGGCUGCGCAUGUUAGGCUGCCAAGGCUUGCGCGUGCCUCAACUUCAAACGGAGCUCGUCAGCAAGGCACGUUGGUGCGAAGGCUUUCCUCCACUUUUCCGGCCACUCGCCUGGCUUUGCCCCAAUGCCUGCGGCUGCGCUUCCGCUUUCCCCGACGAAGCCGGCCACUGCCCUGCCCACUGCGUCAACACGACGAGUGUGGGGAGUGCUGGCCUAGGCUGA